ACAACCACAAAACAGGUUGCUUGAUUAUGAUCAAUACAGCUCGGGAGUCAGCUUGUGCAUCAAGACCACAACCACCACCACUACCACCACCACCACCAUCAACACGGUGGAAACAGACCACAGUCACACGAUACACAACUGAGGAAACGAGUGAAUUAACCGAAUUGAUAUUGAGAUAUCGGGAUGUUUGGAAAGACAAGAGUCGUCCAUCUGCUGUUCUUCAGAAAAAAUUGUGGAUGCAAUUUGCACGUUACCUACACUCGAAGGGAUGGCCGAGAAGAAAAUGGUUUCAUCUGCGUCGAAAGGGUCUGCACAUGCUGAAGAAACUCAAUAACACGACAAUCAAUCAGUGGGAGGUGUCGAAAAGCAAUCCAAAUUCACCUGAAAAUCACUCCAACCACACGUCACUCUCCAGUUCCAAUGAAAAUCGACACGUGAACGUGAACGGACAAAGUGAUUCGGUGACCGAGGACCAGUCGAGUGUGCAUCAAAUCAACUUGCCUACACUCACCCCCUCACCAGUGAUAACCAUCACCUCCAAACAUCCCACAUCAACACUCAGUCCUCCUACAAACCAUGUGCAACCGAAUACCCCACACACAACUGGUCCAAAAAUCUUGAACGCAUUCUCAACAGCUCACAUGUCUCAACAUCUGGUGAUUCCACAUGAUGCUCUAGUGCUGCAACCAACCACCACCAACCUCAACAACAACCACAACAACACGGUUGGUGAGGUGGCGAUUAACACUAACCGAGUCGCGUUACUGACUCCUCUCCAAUGUGUCUCGUUCGGAGUCGCGAAAACCCAUCCUGCAGACGAAUCUCCUAUUCAAGAAGUGAAUAUCUCGAACUCACCAUCCAACCAAACGAGUCGCAUUCCUCUGACUGCAACAAUUGAUUUAUCAACGUGUAGCGAGGACGAGGAGAGCUAUCCAGAGUUGAGUGGAACGCGAAAUCAGGCGAACACGAAUCAGGUGAAUGAUUUUGGUGAAAAUGCCAAGGAUUGUAUCACAUCCGAAUGUGAGAGAACCCCAUUGUCAGAGAUGUUGAUUCACAAGCAAAUGAAGUGCCUAGAUCUGAAGAUUGAAAUUCUCCAGAUGAAGAAGCAAUAUUGGUCCGAGAAACUGAACUCAUCAUCAGAAAGCUGAAUGUUGGGUGAAAGCCAAUCUUCACAUGAACUACCACUGUGAUUGACAUCAAUUCUAUCCACAUAUGGAUAGUAAAUUCAAUUGUAAAUUCAAUGUAUACAUAUGUAUGUAUAGGUAUUGUGACUGACGAACAUUGUUCUCCCUUUUCAUCAUUAUUAUCUAUUCGUGUUGUGUGUGUGUGCGUGUGUGAAUUUGUCUGUCAGUUAGUCCUUUUGUUUCGAAUCCAUUUGAAGUGGACUGUUGUUCAAUACUGCUCUGUUUCAAAUGUUCACUACUCUAUUGACUACUCUGUUGAAUACUGUACAUAAUUAAAUUUAAAUGUUGGUUUUGUAAAAAUUUUAUUUUGUCUUUGAAUUAAUUUAUGAACGUGAUCGACCAUUGGUUGUGUGGAUGACGGAUGAUACUUGACUUUGAACACAAAUAUGUUAGAACUUUGUCAAUUUUAUUUCUUAUCAUGAUGAUCAAUUGGUUUGAUUUGUAUUUAUUCUAGUGAUUUCUGUGUAAUUAACUGCUUCAUUGAUAUUUCCAUUUAUGAUACAUAUUCGAUAUAUGUGUAGAGUUGAUGUCAACUUGAAAUUCUUGAUGACCACAUGUGACAGAGAUAGGAGAGAAUAAAUGGUCUCAUUUGAAUCAUGAUGUGAAUGAUAAUAAUAAUAAUGUUGAUCUUUGUUUUCGAAUAUGUUCACUCUGUUUCCUGUUAACUUGUUUGUGAAAUGAGUUGUUCACAGAGAAUUUGUAUAAACCUUCAUUGCCUGUUCUGCACAAUUUCAACUAUGUCCUAGUUAAUGGUGGAGGAAUCAUGUUGAGUAGGUAGAAUAGAAUAGAAUAAUUGACUGAUGAUUGAGUUUUAUUUCGUGUUCAACAUGUAUGUGGAAAUUCGUACAUUUGACUGUUUUAUUUUGUCGAAUAUGAUUUAGAGAACGAUUUGUUAGAAUUGUCUUUCAAUGUGUGAUUUGUCCGAUGAUGUUUUUUCGUUCGUAAGUCAACUAGUUUCAUAAUAUCCUUAGGUUAUCAGUCAGUUGGAUUGAGGUGCACAUGCAGAAUCUUUGUUGCUAGUCUUUGAUUAUCUAGGAAUCUAGAACAACAUAUAUAAGCGAACAAUAUUGUUUUCUAUUAGAUCCUCAUCAGGCUUUACUCUAAUAUACAGUAAUAUUUAUAUGCAUAUACGAAAUAAUUAAACCAAUCAAGGUAGUUUAUAAGUCAAUGAUAACAAUGGAAAAGAGUACAUAAUAAGUAAAAUGUGAAAAGUUGUUGCGAUAUUCAGGAAAAUAUCCCAGAAAUUAUCCUGUUAAGCCUAAUUCUAUCCUUGGACAUGAAAUAGUAUCAUCUUAUUGGCCAAUAUUUAUUUAACGUGUCAUUUUCCUACUGGCCAUUAUUGUACAAUGUUAUUUUCUAUUUUAUGGUACGUUGUGGACUGUUUGACUGGUAUAUAAACAAAGUAUGUUUGGAAUAUAAUGAUUCAUAUAUCCGAGG